CCAGCUCCCGGCGGCUGCGGGCGGGGACCGAGGCCAGCGGGACGCCCGCGCCUGCGGCCGGGCGCACAGCGAGGGGGGCGGGCGGCGGUGAGUAGGCGGCGGCCGGGCCGGGCCACGCGGGCGGCGGCUGCUCGGGCAGGUCCGGGCAGGGCCGGGCGGGGAGCAGCGCGCCCAGCCGGGACCCGCGCCGGAGCCGGAGCGCGGACACCGAGGCCGCGGCCCCGCCUCCUCCCCGCCCUGCGCCCGCCGCCCGCCGGUCGGCGCCGGCAGCUCGGAGCGGCGCCGGAGUAGGAGCUGGAGCCGCCGCCGGAAACCGGCCCGAGAGGGGCCCGGGGGUGACGCCUGAUCCCGGCGGCGCCCGGAGCCGGGCCCGAGCCCCGCGCGGCUCAUGGCGGGGCCGCGGGGCGCGCUGCUGGCCUGGUGCCGCCGCCAGUGCGAGGGCUACCGAGGCGUGGACAUCCGCGACCUGAGCAGCUCCUUCCGGGACGGCCUGGCCUUCUGCGCCAUCCUGCACCGGCACCGGCCCGACCUGCUAGAUUUUGAUUCACUUUCCAAGGACAAUGUCUUCGAGAACAACCGUCUGGCCUUUGAAGUGGCCGAGAAGGAGCUGGGGAUUCCUGCUCUCCUGGACCCCAGUGACAUGGUCUCCAUGAGUGUCCCGGACUGCCUCAGCAUCAUGACCUACGUGUCCCAGUAUUACAAUCACUUCUCCAGCCCUGGCCAAGCUGGUGUCUCAUCACCCAGAAAGGCCCAGGCACCCUCCUCCCCGCCAUCAGCAGCACCUACUCCAGCAGAACCGGGAGACCCGGCUCAGGGUGAGGAGCUCUCCUCGGGCAGUCUGUCAGAGCAGGGCACCCACCGGACCCCCAGCAGCACGUGCGCGGCGUGCCAGCAGCACGUGCACCUGGUGCAGCGUUACCUGGCCGAGGGCAAGCUGUACCACAGGCACUGCUUCCGGUGUCGGCAGUGCUCCAGCACGCUGCUCCCUGGAGCUUACCGAAGUGGACCCGAGGAAGGCACCUUCGUGUGUGCGGAGCACUGUGCCAGGCUGGGCCCGGCUGGGCGGUCGGGGACCAAGGUCGGGCCCCCGCUGCGGCCAAAGCAGCAACAACUGGCAGAAGAAACCAAGGAUGUGGACGGAGGUGGCCCCAGCGCCGAUGCGCCCACGGGGGCUGAGUCGGACAUGCCCAAGGGUGGCCCCGACCCUCGGCCCCAGAUCCCCAGCAAGCCCCGGGUCCCAAGCAAACCGCAGGAGCCGGGCAGCUCUCCGGCCGGCCGCCCCACGCCUGCCCCGAGGAAGACCUCCGAGAACACAGCCCCGACGCCCCCCACACCGCGGCCGCGGUCCAGUCUGCAACAGGAGGCCCCGGGGGAGCAGGGUGGCGGCGGUGGCUUAGUAAAUGGAAGGCUGCACGAACCCCCCGUCCCGAAGCCGAGAGGGACCCCUAAGCUGUCUGAGAGGACACCAGCCCCCAGGAAGGACCCCCCGUGGAUCACACUGGUGCAAGCAGAACCGAAGAAGAAGCCAGCCCCCCUCCCCCCGAGCAGCAGCCCCGGACCUCCAAGCAGGCGGGGGGAGAACGGAGGGGUGGAGGAGGUGGCCCAGCAGAGCCAGGUGACAGCUGGCCUGGAGCCCAAGCCCUACAACCCCUUCGAGGAGGAAGAGGAGGAGGAGGAGGAGGCGGAGCCCCGAGCUGCACCCAGCCUGGCCCCAGGCCCUGCCCCAGCCCACUCAGAGUCCACACCCAAGGCCCUGCACCCCUGGUAUGGCAUCACCCCCACCAGCAGCCCCAAGACAAAGAAGCGCCCCGCCCCCCGAGCGCCCAGUGCCUCCCCGCUUGCUCUCCACACCUCCCGUCUCUCACACUCAGAGCCACCCUCGGCUACCCCAUCGCCAGCCCUCAGCGUGGAGAGCCUGUCGUCCGAGAGCCCCGGCCAGACCCCGGCGGGGGCGCUUCUGGAACCGCCAGCUGUGCCCAAGAGCUCCUCCGAGCCUGCAGUCCAUGCCCCUGGCACUCCCGGGUCGUCAGCCAGCCUCUCCGCCGAGUCCUCACUGUCUUCUUCUGGAGAACUGGUGCAGCCCAGCGCAGACCGGACACCCCAAGCCAGCCCCGGCCUCGGCCCCGACACGAGGGGCGGCCUGGGGCCCCGGCCAGCCAAGCCCUGUGGUGGCUCAGCGCCCACCCCUCUUGUACUGGUUGGAGACAAGAGCCCCGUGCCUUCUCCUGGAACCUCAUCCCCGCAGCUCCAGGUAAAGUCUUCCUGCAAGGAGAAUCCCUUUAACCGAAAGCCAUCGCCCACAGCAUCCCCAGCCGCAAAGAAGGGCACCAAGGGAUCCAGGCCGGCCAGGCCACCGGCCCCAGGACACGGCUUUCCGCUCAUCAAGCGCAAGGUCCAGGCUGACCAGUACAUCCCCGAGGAGGACAUCCACGGAGAGAUGGACACUAUUGAGCGCCAGCUGGAUGCCCUGGAACAUCGUGGCGUCCUGCUGGAGGAGAAGCUUCGCGGUGGAGUCGAUGAGGGCCGUGAGGAUGACAUGCUGGUGGACUGGUUCAAGCUCAUCCACGAGAAGCAUCUGCUGGUGCGGCGGGAGUCUGAGCUCAUCUACGUUUUCAAGCAGCAGAACCUGGAGCAGCGCCAGGCAGACGUGGAGUACGAGCUGCGGUGCCUUCUCAACAAGCCGGAGAAGGACUGGACCGAGGAGGACCGGGGCCGAGAGAAGGUGCUGAUGCAAGAGCUCGUGACCCUCAUCGAGCAGCGCAACGCCAUCGUCAACUGCCUGGAUGAGGACCGGCAGAGGGAGGAAGAGGAAGACAAGAUGUUGGAAGCCAUGAUGAGGAGGAAAGAGUUCCAGAGGGAGGCAGAACCCGAGGGCAAGAAGAAGGGGAAGUUCAAGACCAUGAAGGUGCUGAAGCUGCUAGGAAACAAGCGUGAUACCAAGAGCAAGUCCCCGGGGGACAAGAGCUAACAGCGAGGGCAGCCGGCAGGGACUUUCACCCCUCCUGGCUCAGCCCCUGGGCUCCGUUCCGCUAGGGGGUGAGGGGACACCCCCUUCCCAUUAGGAUCAGUCCUGAGAAAAGAUGACAUGAGGGGAGGGGCCCUCUGGAUGACAGGCUCUCCCUCCUCAGGGUCCUCUUGCUGGUCUGGGCCAAAGAGUUUUCUCCCUCCUUCUCUGAGCCACAGGCGGCUGUGGCUCAGCCCUGCCCGGUCUGCUUCUGGGGAUUCCAGAUGCUGGGACUGACCCACCGAGCGAGCAGGAUCCUGGGUCCAGGGAGGGGCCGCAGCCGAGCACACCUACUUUGCCCACCUACCUGGCCCCUGCUGGGGCGGGCAGCCCCUUGGUCCCUCCUCUGACCUUCUGGACUGUGUCCAGAUGGGAUUCUUAGCUGUCACAGUUCUGACCUGGAGGUCCUUCUGCCCGUGAGGUCUGCCGUGGGCGGGGUCUCCUGCCUUCAGGCCUCUGCUGCUGGUGGCAGGCCGGUGCGUGGGGCUCGGCUGUGCCCUCUUCUUCCUGCCCCAGCCCUGGCUCGGAGUCCCCGUUGUCCUUUCCAGUGCAGGUGGCCCUGAAUCUGGAUCUCCUCACUCGGGAGCUCUAUUUAUGAGGUCUAAUUAGGUGGGAGCUCAUUACCGUGUCCUCAGACACAAAGGGGCCUGAUGGACAGAUCCCUCCUUCUGUCCCUCAGAGUUCUAGGAGGUGCCUCUCUCAUCUCCCCUGGUUCCAUAGGAAACCUCCCCCCUCCCCCCCCCCCCAGGGACACGGGCUGGGCGGCCACGCCGGGGUGGCUGGGGGUCUCUGAGAGGCAGGCCCCACUGGCACAUCCGGUCCCCGAUCAUCAGCCACAGGAGGGUGCUUCACAGAGGUGCUAAAUCCUGGUUCCUUAACACACUGUAGUCUGACCCCUCUUUUAGACUCUACCCACCCACCGCCCGCAGGGCUGGGGGGUGGCGGGCCUGUUCCUGUGUGUGGCCGUCACCAGUCUGUCUACUCACACCCAACUGUUGUCCGUUUUCUCCCGACCUGUUUUCCCAAAGAACUGAUGGCCACUCCUCCCGCUGAGGGGGCCGUGGGCGAGGAGGAGCCGAUGGGGACAGUGGCCUUUGCCCCGGGGAACGUGUCCAGCAGCUCUUGGUCAAAGCACUGUUGCUAUAAGCUAUCUCUGGGGUGCUCCAGGGCACCCCCCGGCACACCUCUGGGGAAAGUACGCACUGUAUUAACUCACGAGGAAUUUCCUCACCAACAAUAAAUGCAGACAACCUCAGCUGUCAGGGCGCUGGAGCCUCGGGUGCUUUGCCCUCAGCCAGGUCUGCCUUCCUCCCUGCCUCCGGCUCGUGCCGUGGCCAGAGACAUCUCCGGUCUCCCCGGAGGGACCUGUGGGGCUGUUCCUGCCAGGGGCCUGGGCCCUCAGUGCCCGCCAGUGUCCACAGCCGGGAGAGGUGUCUCCCGCACCUGCCCAACCCCUGGUGGUCUCCCUCCAGACAUGCCCGUGGACCUGGAGCUGGUCACCAACUCCCCAAAGGCUGUCAGGGGCCAGGCAGGUCACAUGCAUGACCGGGCUGGGCAUUAAGGGAGGGGUGGCUCUGGCGGGCUGUCUUGAUGUCCGGAGACUCAGGGGGCGGGGCCUGGGGGUGUCCGUGCCCCAAACUAAAGGGGGAAGUUCUUCCGUACUUAAGUCAACUGUAGCUUGUGGGAAUGUGGGCCCAGCGUGGCCAGACUUUUCCAGUUUUCAGAAGAAGCUAGAACCCCAGAGUGUGUGUGUGUGUGUGUGUGUGUGUGUGUGUGUGUGUGUGUGAUUUGUAACUGUUGGCGGCAUCUCAUCUGAAUUUAAAGCAAGGACAGGCUGUAUUGUCAAAUACAGAUGGUCAGAUCCGCCCUGAAAUUCUCCAGUUUGCCGCCUCCAGGCUACGGGACGGGGGCCUUUGAGGGGGAGGACAGCUGUCUUUGUCAUGUUACACCCCUGCCCUCAGGUUCCAGAGGGACACAGGCCUCCCAUGGAAAUGUUCCUGAGCCAGCCCUUGAUCUGGCCCCUGCCACUGACCCGUCUGAGGCUGCGGGGCCCUGUUUGUCUGCAACCCCAAACUGGGGGCACUGUGGCCUGCGGGAUUAUAGGAAUCCCUCCAGGUGGGAGUGUUGGUUGAAAUUUCCAAAAACAGUUUUUUGAGGGUGAAAAAGGCGAUUUUAUUAAAGCACAGGGACAGGACCCGUGGGCAGGAAGAGCUGCCUGGAUUUCCAAAGCAUUUUGAUGUGCGGGGACAGGAAAGCGGCAGAGUAUGGGGGAAUGUGGGGCUCGUGGUGGUCAGAAGGCACAGGGGCCUCCGGGGACUGUGUGCCAGGCCUGGGGGGGGAGGCGCUGUUCUUGCGGUCGGAGGUCUCCAUAGCCCUGUGAGGCAGGGCCUCCCCGAUGGGCAGUCGUUGCUGAGUCUGGGGUGCUGCCCAGGCUCGCAGAGCACAGGCCGGGAUCGGAGCUCCCAAGCCAGGCUCUUCUGGUCCAGCUCUCUCCCACCCUUGCGUCUCUGUGGGCCGCGGGUUUAGUGGAAAGGCCGGGAACUAACUUCUAACCCUGAGUGGGCUACUUGCCAGUUGAAUGACCUUGGUUACGGUGCCUGGGGGGAGCUUAGAUGUCACAUAGUGGGUAGCAAGCCAUCGCAGGGCUUUAUCGAGCACAUGGGCCGAGUGAAAGUCAGCACCGGUCACGGGGCCCGGCCGGGGGGUGUUCAAGAAGUGUUGGUUCUCAUUUCCACUUGAGACGUGCAAGUGGUUAAGAAAUAUCUGGGCUUGAAAAAAUCCGAACUCCUUGAACAAACAAGCCUGUCCCUCUGAAAACAAAACAGUGGGUGUGAUGACCCACGUUAGAGGUAUCUUACUGGUCAGUUAGUGGUAGUGGUUAAACCUAGGUCGAGGUAGGUAGGUGGAAAGGACUCCUAUUCAUUCCUCAGUUCUGAAAAGUAAACGCGUAGGACACACAGUGGAUGCUGGGGGGCGGGGGGAGGAAGAGGCCCGUGGGAUGCCCUCGGACACCUGGCCGAGAGGGUGCGAUUGGGCCUUGCCUUCACUGGAUGUGGACUCUUUCCCCUAGAAAAGACUCAAAAGUCAUGUGUGUUUAUGUGUGUGGUGCGUGUGCGCGCACGUCUGUGUGUGACUGACACUAGGGCUCGGCGGCUCAGCUGCCCCAGGGGGCCUUGGGCAAAGUCUUGAGGGACAUCAGCUCAUUCUCUGAGAUGGGUCCAUUUGCUAGGGUGCUGAAUGCACCCAGGGUCCCCUGGGCCAGGGCAGUGCUUUGCGGCCAUUUGACAUGGCUGGAGGCCAGGGUAGGUGGGCCAUCCGGAGGGGGGUGACCCUGCUUGGCAACGGGGUGGGCUCCAGUGGUCCGGAUUGGGCUACUCUGCCCCUCUCUCUCGAGACAGAUCAAGGGUGGCCAGCGCCUUCCUAAGUUCCUCGCUCCUCCUGUGGUCAAUGUCUUCCAUUUCCCGCAGUUUCUGCAAAGGGCAGUGGGGAAAGCUGGGUAUCGGGGUGGGACCUUGAGGGGCCCCAACCCUGGGCCACAGGUGCCCUGUCCACUCACGUCUCAUGUUGCACACUCACGGCAGACCCUCUCCCCCCCCCCGCCCCCUCCCCUGACGCUUCUACCUGGGAGAUCUCAGCAAGGAUGAUCCCUCGGUACUCUCUGGCCUGUCCCAGCGCCUCCAUGUCAGCCAGGAAUUCUUUCCUGUCCUGGAUUUCCUUUACCACUGGACAGGCGACAAGGGGUAUCAGUGUACAGGGCAGUGGGGACCGCCGGGCUCCUGGGAGGGGCGGCGGGGGGAACAGCCUGCUCCCUCGGGGAGAGGAAGCGUUUCCGCCAUCAGUGUUUUCCACUCAUUGGCCCUCAGGCUUACCCUCCACCCCCCUGACUGUGGCACUGCCUCCCCCGCCUCCCGCCCCCCCCCCCCCCCCCCCCCCCCCCCGGGCCCAAGUGGCCCAUCCGUGGCUUACGUUCUUCAAACCGGUCCAGCUCAGGGGCAGGGACCUCCUGUCGCACAGGAGGGGGCUUCCUUUUCUGUUCCUCGGAGUCCUUCCCAGUGGCAAAAAUGUUCUGGAGUCUUCGCUUCUCCUUCUCCAGAUCUCCUACGGGGCCCAGGACUGGCCUAGUUACGGCAGGCAAGGCACCCCCCUCGCGGUCCCCAGUUCCCAGCUGGGCAUGCUUGUUCCAGGGCCCCGGCACCUCGUACCCUGGGAGCCCCUGAGUGUGUCAGGGGAGGGGGAGGCCAAAAGAACUAAGUCGGACCCCACACGCUGCUCUGGUGCAGAGCGAGGCCAAGAGAACAGGUCGCUGUGGAGGCAGCCUGCGUGGAGAGGCCGCGGGGAGCUGGUGACGAGUCUGGGUCAAGAGUUACCCUGGAUGCCAGGGAGGAAGCGAGGCAAAAGGCUCUGAGAAGUAGGUCGGCGUGCCUACUGUGUGGGACUCUGUGACCUCAAGAGGGCGGGGGCCCUGAGAUCUGACGGCCAAACGUGGGGACUGGUGGACUCCAGUUAAUCAUUACAGAGUUCCAAAAGAAAAAAAAAAAAAAAGAAAAAGGACCAGGUAACCGGUUUCUUCCACACCCUGAACACCCCCAAGCUAACAAGUGCCAAGGCUCAAGGGCAUUAGUACAAACAGUGAGAGAAUUUGAUUAGACAUGUGCUUGCCCUGCCCUGCGAGCUGCUUGGCCCCUGGGCCCCUCGGGGAGGGAGGUGGAAGAGGGGCUCUCGAGGCCCUGUCACUUACGGGUGGCUUGAGGCUUGAAAGGCUCCCGGCUGUAGGCCCCGCCGGCUUGGCACACCCUGGCAGGCCGGAGGUGGGGCCGGGCCGCCAGGAUGGGGGGCAGGUAGAUGGCAGAGGCUGGCUGCUUGGAAGGCAAGACCCUCUGGCUGGACGUCGGGCUGCACUGUAGGGGCAGAGUAUCUCCUCCUGGGUAAGGAAGAAGGUUCGAGGUCGGGCGGGGGCGGGGGGGGGCGACCCACCUGGCUUUUUUUUUUUUUUCUUAAUUUAUAGAAGUCAUACCUGCCUGUUCCAAGAAGUCAAACACUAGAAGUCUUCCCUUCCCCGCUGCUGCCCCCCACCCCUACCCCCAUAGCGAGCGAUUGUUAUAAUCUGGUGGUCUCGUUCCAAAUGUUUUGAUGUUAAUACGAACACGUUCAAAGACGUGUGUGCGUAUGUGAGCUUGGUUUUUUGGACACUGGAUCAUCCUGUGUUCUACUCAGUAAUUGACUCUUCACUUAACAGUUUAGCGUGGACACUUUUCCAGAUCACUUCAUUUAUAUGUAACUUAUUUUUUAUAGCUAUAUACUAGUUCUUAGAACGGAUACAUUAUUUAUUCAGCUAGUCCUCUAAUUUCGGAAACUCAGGCUGGUUUGUUUGUUUUUCCUACUACUUCAAACAAUGCUGCAAUAAACAUUCUUGGGCAUCACG